UGAGCGCUGGUAUCGCGCAGCUCGAAAAAUUUCAGGCAUUGUGGGUGAGGUUACAUUCGCUCAUGGACAUCAAUAGUGAAUAUGGCUAUAUGUUCCGUCGAGACGACAUCAAUCAGUCCAUCGGUUUCACCUGGAACGGAGCUUCAUCUACGAGAGCUGCUGGUUCUUUCGUGCAAAAUGAGAAUAAAAACGUAACGGGGGAGUACCUUCCAACGAGCGAUCUCUGCACACAAUACGCACCAUUGAUGUUUCUCUUGGGUAACGAUGAAUGCAGCACUCCACAAAACUCACCCAAAGGAAAUGAGGCCUGGCUCGAAGCUCUGACAUGGGAGUGUAAUACUGGACGGACCUUUAACAAUGCCGCGUUUUUGGCAAAUCAGAUAAUAUACAGCCAGCUUGACACAGAAACCGAUUCGCGGAACGGACUGUCUACAUAUUCUGAUGAGGGCACGGAUGUGUCAAAACCAAAGAUAUCCACUGCUUCCGUUACAGGCAUAUCGGUUCUUCUGGGUUUAUAUCUCUUUUCACUGCUUGUGUUAUCCGCCUGGGCGAGUGUUAAGAUAGGCUAUGUGAAGAGAGAAUUGGACGACCGAGAUCUUCAUGAUUUGCUGCCUGGGUUUGUGGGCGAUGAUGAACCGGAUAUGCUGGUGGGAAAGGUGGCUGUUGGAGCUAUGGCGCCGUUGUGGUGGAGGAGAAAGUAUUGGAGGGUAGAAGGGCUAUCUGUUUGAUUAUAUCACUGACAAUUAUAUAUAGACAGUACGAGUAUGUCCUUAAUUAAUAUUCGUCCUAAUCGACAUCAAGUCAAAUGACGUCAUCAUCUCUUCCCC